CAAUCUUCCGUACUCCAUGUCACCACCUUCAAUAGGCUACUAAUAUUAGACAAUGGUAAGUAGAUUGGGAUAAAAAAGCGAUGGCCUGAGGUUUUAUCACUUUCCAUCCACUCGGAUCAACUUCGAGAAUUGCUACACAUUGUCAGUUCAGACAAUUCUGAAAUCCUAGCCGAGUCAGGUAAAGUCCAGCAAGUGCUGGAGUUCCAUCACGAGAGAAAGUUCGCAGUAUGAUAUUCCAAGUUGAUGGGAAGAAGACAAGCACUGAUUUUAUUAUUUUAGGAAUUUUCCUAUAUUCGCUUGGAGGAAUACGAAGAAAUAUUGAAGAGCAGGGUAAUAUUAGACCCAGAUCGACUUACAUCGCCCUCAGCACUGUAAUCGCAGAGAUGUGGUACCAUCCACGAGGCGCCGUUUGAAGUCAUUCUUUGGCGCUGUCCCGUACAACACCAAGCGCCAGAAUUACGAGCUCCGGUCCAGCCGGGACGGGAUCGUAACCAUGCCUUAUAUGACAGCAGUAUCCGCGGGACUAU